GGGGCUUAAACAAAAGUGGGAUGAUCUCGUCUCCAAAGCGCCUACAUAUCGAUGACACAUGUCAAAUUCUCUGGAAGCUCAUAUUAAACUAGCCGACAGAGACAGGGAAUCCACAGAGCCGCACCGGACACAGGAUAUAAAAGUAUGUCCACUUGGAAGGUGGCUGUUAUUAUUGGGCUGGGAGUAGGUGCAGUGCUUAUCAUGCAAAGCGGAGAUCUGCUGGACUCAGUGGGCAACGGGUACCCGAUAUGGAGGGAAACGGGGCUCCUCGCGCGGGUUGUGGUCUGCAUCACCGCCGGGGUUUCCCUCCUCGCUAUUGGCUGGCUGCACGGGCUGCUCUUCAGUCCCCUGGAGCUGCUUAGGGGGCCCGAUGAUGUGGGCUACAUCGCCCAGGACGGUCGCUCCAGAGCCCAGGCGGCAAACCAGGUCCGCCGCAGGAGGAAAACCGGAGAGCUGCCUCCGGUCUAUCCGAACGGCUGGUAUCGAGUGCUGGACUCACACAUGCUGAAGAGGGGCGAGGUCAAAAGUGCAUCUGUUCUAGGUGAGCAGGUGGCAGUGUUUCGGGACCAGGACGGGAAGGCCUACGUGGUAGAUGCCUACUGCCCUCACCUGGGUGCCAAUCUGGCUGUGGGAGGACGGGUGGUGGGAAGCUGCAUAGAGUGCCCAUUUCAUGGAUGGCAGUUUCGGGGGAACGAUGGCAAGUGUGUGAGGAUCCCCUAUGCAGAAAAAGUGCCAGAGUUUGCCAAGGUGCGCUGCUGGCCCAGCUGUGAGGUCAACAGGCAGAUCCUGGUUUGGUUUCACUGUGAUAAAGUAGAUCCUCAGUGGAGCGUCCCAGAGCAGCAGGAAAUUACAAAGGGCGAGUGGGUCUAUCGGGGCAGAACUGAACAUUUUAUCAACGCUCACAUAGAGGAGAUCCCUGAAAAUGCAGCAGACAUCGCCCACCUCAAUCACCUGCACACACCGGGUAUUUUAAGUGGAGUAGAUCUGCGCUACACCUACAGCAAAACUUGGGAAUUUGUGCGGCAUGACUGGAAGGUUCAAUGGGAACCAGAGCCAGAGCCCAACAAACAUUGUUCUCAGAUGUUGUUGAAACAUGCGCUGACUGUGUUUGGAUGCCACUGGCCUCUCCUGGACAUCUGUGUCGUGGCCAGGCAGGUGGGUCCGGGAAUGGUGUUCCUGCAGUUUGACCACUCUUUCUUGGGCCGGGGUGUUAUCUUGCACUGUGUGACUCCAGUGGAGCCUCUGUUGCAGUGUGUCUCCCACACCAUCUACUAUCAGUCUAACAUCCCACCUCUGGUGCCCAAAUUCAUCCUCAAAGCAGAGUGCAUUCAGUUUGAGCGCGAUGUGAUGAUCUGGAACAAUAAGAAGUACAUCUCCAAGCCUCUCCUCGUGAAGGCAGACGCAGCCAUCCAGAAACACCGGCGCUGGUACAGUCAGUUCUACAGCGAGAACAGCCCGCGGCUGCAACACCAGCGUGACACUUUGGACUUCUGACCUCUCUGAACUAAAAGUGGAGAGAGAUCAGCAGAGAAGAUGUCAGGUCAGGGUUGACAUUAAUCAGAGGUGUCAGAGGAGGGAGUCCACGAUUAAUUUUCAUCUGUCUCAUAUAAUGAAUAAAAGGAGGAAAGGAGAGCUGAUUUGUUUGUGGGAUGGGGCUCUUUUAAAAGCCUGAAACUUAUGUUAAACCGUAUAACCUCCUUUAAUAAUUCUGAUUGAGUAUGACUUUCCAGCUUUACAUAUGCAAGUGCCUACAGAUGUCAUGUCGCCUGGUUGGACCAGCAUAAGUAACUGAGUUUUUACUCUGCAAUAUGCAAAUACUGAUACACAUACAUAAACAGUAACAGUCUUGUGCUUAGGAACAGAGAGCUAAUCUUGUUUUUUGUCUGUACGUGUGCUAUGGGUUAAUAUAAACCACCUGCCUCGAGUUCGAGUUCAGUGAAAAGUCUCACACCACUAUGAUCUUAUAUCAGUUUCUUUCUCACUCUGGCUUUAUCUGUACUAGAAAACACGAAUCUGGCCUUCCAAUCUGUAAGUUUAAAUCACACGGGCAAGGCCUCAGCCGCAGGUGGAAUGGCAGGUGUGUGUUUGUUUUCCGAUUGGUAUCUCAGGUUAGCCGGCUGAUAGUGACUUUCUAGUCACAGCCGUGUGCAAUGACAACCUAAAGUACCACUCCACCAAUCUUUUAGGCUUAUCUCUCUCUGUUAUCUCCUCUAUUCCUCAAAAAAACUGUACAACUUUGUAACAAGGAAAAAUGAAGCUAGACUUUGGGUUAAGAAAAAACAUUGGUGAUAUGUCCUGCU